AAAGUUGACAUGCGCCGCGUCCAUUUUCGUGAAGUGACGGGUCCUCAAGCGUUUUCCCAUUGAGAGUUUUUCGAAAUUCGGGCUUGUCCCUAUUCACUUUAACAUAGUUUCUAUUAGUUUUAUAAUAAUUUCAUCGUAUAAUGGCCGCCACAAAAGCUGAAUUAGCCUGCGUUUACGCUGCUCUCGUCCUUGUCGACGACGAUGUCGCCGUCACCGGUGAAAAAAUCCAGACCAUCCUGAAGGCAGCCAAUGUAGAAGUAGAACCCUACUGGGCUGGUCUUUUCUCUAAAUCUUUAGAAGGAAUCAAUGUCAAGGAUCUGAUCACGAACGUCGGAUCUGGUGUUGGUGCCGCUCCUGCUGGAGCUGCCGCAGCUGGUGCCCCAGCAGCUGCAGCUGACAAGAAAGAAGAGAAGAAAGAGGAGAAGAAGAAAGAAGAGAGUGAAGAAUCUGACGACGAUAUGGGUUUCAGUCUUUUCAACUAGGCGUAUUCAUUUGUUAAUGACUAAAUACUAUGAACUGUAUGUAUCUAUUGUUUUUAUGUUUUUAUACAAAUAAAUCACUCCUUUGUUGAAAGACCA